UUUAAACUGGAUUGACAGGCUUCAGACGCUAGUAGAAGUUAACAAACGAACAUUUCUUUGUGUUUACCCAGACGAAGUAUCACCUCGCAGUUUUCGUCGGAGGUUUAUCGUUAUAGAUCUAACGUUUCUUGUUUUUGUAAGUUCGCCAUAUUUUCCAGAUUGUUAUUCAACAUGUCGACCAGGAACUUUGACCAUCCAGAAAAUUUGGAUGUAGAAGAUUUGGUCGAGGAUUGUGCACCAUAUGCAGGUGUUCAUGACUAUUUGAAAAAAAGUGCAUAUGAUUCAGCAUUCGAAAAGUUGGAUUCUGUAUGCGAUAGUGGUGUGGAUCUAAAAUCUUAUGGAAGUGCCUAUGGAUCUUUACAUGAGAGGGUACCAGAGACUUGUGUACUUGAAAAAAAGUUAGAAAGCCUAACUUUAGAAAGCAGAAAAUGCACAACAGAGGAAACAAAAUGUUCUUUAGAUGAUGGUUACACAAGCUACACGAGUUCAAGUUUUGUGGAGGCGGAUCUAACAGAGUUGCCAUAUCGCCAAAAACCUCAGUGCCAAAUAUCCCAGGAAGUUUUAGAACUCUACAACCAAGACCUUGAUGGAGAUUCGCAGCUGCAUAUGGCAAUCAUAAAUCUGCUGGUCCCCAUUGCUUUGUAUAUCAUAAAGCAGGCUCCUCACAGGGAAUGGCUAGAUCUCCCAAACAACAUGCUUCAGACUCCCCUCCAUCUGGCUGUAAUGACACGCCUUCCUCAGGUGGUGAAGGCUCUAAUUGAUGGAGGGGCUGACAUUGAGGCUAGGAAUUCCAAAGGGGACACACCUCUUCACAUCGCUUGCAGAGAAGGUUUCGAUGAUAUUGUCCAGAUUUUAUUGAGUCAAAGUAGAACCCAGGAUUUGGAAGCACGAAAUUAUGAUGGUCAGACCUGUUUGCACUUGGCAGCAGAGCACACCCACCUUCCAAUCAUUCGCCUAUUGGUUUUGUCAGGAGCCAACCUCAAUACACAGGAUGGUAAGAGUGGGAAAACUGUUAUCCAUUAUGCAGCAGAAAUGGGAAACGUUUUACUUCUGGAGUUUUUACUGCAGUACCCCAUUAACAUUCAUUCCAGGACAUAUAGUGGUCUGACCGCCAUCAUGUUGGCAGAUGGACGAGGUUAUCAUGACAUUGUCCAACAGUUACAGAAAUUCGGAGGUUCACUGGAGAAUGUUACAUUUGAGGAGUCCUCAGAUAGUGAUGAAGAAAUGAGUUGAAUUGGCUUGUUUCAGUCAACAAGACAACAGGGUCUGCCCAUAGAGCCCAAAAACUCCCCACAAAACUGUGAUAGCCAUAAUUGGUGAGGAAGAUUACUAGGACCUUCCUGCUGGCAGGAUGGUGAUCAACUUUAUAGUCCAUGGUUGUGAUUUUUACAAACUUUUACAAAAUUACCAUCAAAAUGGCUAAUGCACUUGGUCAUCCACAGUGGAAAGACAUUCAGGAGAGGGUUUUAUGCAUAAGUGAUACUUUUGAUUUUGAAAAAAAGACAAAUUUUUUUUUGUAUUUGAUGAAUUUAUCAUUAUACAAAAAUGCCAAGAUUAUCAGACUUGCACAAAGCCAGUAAUAAUUUUAUACUUUGUAGAAAUCCUGUAUAUUUAUUUAUUGUGACAUGAAUGUUUAAAAUUCUGCAGUGUGAUAGUGAAAUUGUAACAUCAUUGUCACUUGAUGGAGAUUUUUUGUUCUGUUAAUUUUGUGUAAAUGGAAAUAAAUAAAAAAAAAUCCAAAUUCUGUUAUGAAUGAGAUCACGAUGAAUUAAAAAGGGAACAAUUUAAUUAU